CCUAUGUAGACGGCCAAACGGGUUUAGUGCCGGGCAGUGAGAGCCACGGGUCGGUGUAGUUGUGUCUGUGCCGUGCGCGCGCGCGUGUGUGUUGUGUGUGCCAUGUGCAGUCCUCCAUGGUGACAGUGACAGUGACAUCCACUGUCUCUCCGCACCGAGUGUUGGUAUGUCCGUGGAGAACGAGACAGGACAGGAGUCCGACUGGUGGGAGGGUGCGCUCGAGGAGGAUACGACUUGGAGUCUACCAUUGGAAGGUGAAGGGGGGCUGUGGUCCAGCGGCUUCCUGCCUCCUCCGCCUCGCCCGCCGUUCCUGGACGAGCACAUCGACUCUGACGGCCUCACAACCUGCGAUCUCUGCACCUGGGCACGCGCCCCCGAGCCUGGCUCGCACUCCAGCUACGGCAGUCCCUCAGAUCUCCCGGGGACACUGACGUGGACAAUAUCCCUGGUGAUAGUUUCCCUGUUGUCGGCUCUCCUGGGCGCCGCACUCAUGGUCACCCUCAUGCACUGUAGAAGAUCUCAAGAUGAAGAACCACGGUUGUUCAGAUGCCUGAGGCGGAGACGGCGAGUGGGUGAAGAAAACCACCAGCCCAACCUGGAGGGUGACAAAGAACUGGUGACUCUACAGAGCGGUGUUGGCAACGGUGGAGGUGUAUGGGGAUGGCUAACACGGAGGACCCCAGUGGUGCCUCCAGCCCCCACAGUGCCAGCAGUCAACCAUUACACCAUGGACGAGGGCUAUGCAGCUGUAGGGGAGGCCCUGUACGCCGAGCUGGACAGGCCGGCCUACCAGAACACCGGAUACGUGAGUGACGCUGACCCCGUAUCCUCGGCUCCCAGCAGCGCUUAUUACAGUGACUUGAGCAACAGUGACCGUACGUACGAGGCUGUGGGAGCUCAGACAGCUGCCGGGAUUGGUCUGUGGGAUGUCACCGAGACUCCCCUCCGUAGACAGGGAACCAGAUUAUCCUCCAUCACAGAGACUCUGUCAGUACCAUCUGACUAUGUAUAGUGACUUAGAAAUUAGGCAAUUAAAAAUACUAGUUUAAGAUUAUUUACUACUGAAGAGUUAUCUACUGAAAUUUAAAAUACAUUUAUAUACAAUUAAAUAUAAAAACAUUCCACCAUGUAACUUAGAUAAUAAAUAAAUAUCUGUGAUUAUUUUGGAAUGAAUGAUUUGGUCAAUAGUUAGGUUUAAAAAUAUAUGACUAGAAUAAACAUUACGGUUUGUUUCAAUUUAGCAUAGCAUAUGCUUUUAAUUUUGCAUAUUAAUACUGCAUAAUUGUUAAAAAAUAUGAUCCCUUUUAAAACAUAUUAAAAAACUGUUCAUAAGCAUAAUUAAUUUUAACUGAAAUAAAAAAAGAAAUUUUGUAUUAAAAUAGUUUAGGUUUGUCUCAAAAUAUCUCUACAAUAAUGCAUGAUUUGUAUAAAAUGAUUCUAAAAUCUGAAACAGUUUAGAAAAAUAUAAAAAAUGAUGCUUUAAUACAAAACAUUAUAAAACAAAUUAGGACAUAUCUUUAUAUUUUUAAAAGAGUAAAUAUUCAAUUAAACAACAAACAUUUUACCUCGACAAUAAAAUGAAAAGCAUUAUAAUCUUAUCAGAACUCUUAAAACCUUCCUUUGAUCAUCAAAAGAAUUAAAAUUGCUUAGAAGCAAAAGUAAGUUAAAUACAAAUGUUUUGUUUAUUUAGUAAAUUGUUGUUGUAAUAAACUAAGACUAAGUGUACAAGAGUAAUUUGAAAAGUUUCCGACCCAAUACAGAUAAAAGACAUUUAUUUUUACUGAAUUUUUAAAAUAGUCUUUUUGAAACUCUACACACUUCUUUCUCCUAGCAAUGCUCCCAUCUCUGUUACCCGCCCAAAUAGUACUCUGCAUUCUCUCUGCAAAAUACGAAGGUGAUUGUCUCUUCAUUUGAUGAAAAUCUUUGUCCUCUUUUGGAACAAUUUUUAGAUGAGGGAACAUAGUCACUUUGGGCUAGAUCUGGUGAGUAAGGUGAAUGAAAUUUUACAGCAGUUCAAACGGUUCUUUGUGGAUUUUUGCCAUGGCAACCGCUGAGAUAUGUGUUUUCUUGGUGAAAAAAAAAUGUUCUUUUAUUCCAAAUAUGGCUGUUUUUCCAAAAAUUCUGCCUUUAGAUUGUCAAGUAAUGAUGGAUGGUAUGCUCAUGUAAUGGUUUUUCCCUUUUUUAAAAGAUAAUCGAUUAAAAUAACUCUAUGACCAUCCAAAAAAACAGUCACCAUCACUUUCCCAGCUGAAAAAUUUUAUUUAGCCAAGACUGUGCCAAAAUAGCAUUAGAAAUAUUCAUUCGAACACAUUUUUGGUCUAACAUGAGCAAACGCGGCACCCAACAUGCUGACAGCUUUCUCAUGUCUACAUAUUAAUUUAAUAUGUGACAAACACGUUCUUUUGAUAUAUUCAUAACCUCUGCUAUCUCUCUCCCUUAAUUCAACAGUCGUCUAGCAUCAUGUGCUGAACUUUGGCAAUAUUUUCUUCGGUAGUUGCAGUUUUUGGACGUCCUGAACGUUCUUUGUUUCCCAUGCUCUUAAAUACAGCAGCCCAAAAUUUCACUGUAGUAAAUGAUGAUGCAGAGUCCCCAUACACAGAAUUCAACUCAUCUUUGAUUUAUGAAGGCGUAUUGCCUUCUCAAACGACUGUUACAUAAAAACUGUGCAUCCAAGAUGGCUGAAACUUUGUUGAGUAACUGUCAACAGAUGAACAACGAAAUUCAGUACAUUUUGUUUAUGAGUUCUACCAUCUUCACAUAGAGGUUGGAAAAUUUUCAGACCACCCUUGUAUUAAGAACAAAUAACUUUAAGCUAUAAUGAAAAGGACAGCAUUAUAUACUAUUGCUUGAUUAAAUGAAUCUGUAUUAAAUUUAGAAUUUACAUCUAUAUAACAGUGUGUAGUGAUUGUAAAUAGUGUACAGUAAUUAUUUUCAUGUACAUAUACUUUGUAAAUAGAUUGUAAUUUUUGUAAAUAUCUUUUGUUAAGAGUGUUUUGUAAAAAUGUAUAGUGGAAUACAAUUCUAACACUAAAAUUUCAA